CAUCCUGGCUCUAGCAUCAAUGUAGUCUCUUGUAAAUGCUAAGAAAAACAACAAUAAUUAAUUAGUCACAAAACAACAACGUUCUUUAAAUUAUUGCAGUGAACUCGCUAUAUGAUUUUCGUUAUUUUCCCGUCAUUAAAUUUAAUGAAGGAAAAGUUAUUCGGUAAAUUUAAUAUGCAGAACUAUACUCUUUUACAGUAAGCCUAACGACAAGCGAGAAAAGCAAGACGUUGGAACGAGUUACUCUCUCUCUCUCUUUGUCGUCUGCUACAUCGUGAGGUUUUGCGAUAUUUGUUUGUGUAAGUAACAGAAAAGCUUAGUAGAAACCAAACAAGCUCGAGAUGGCUUUCAGAUGGGACCAUAGACCUAGCUCUCAUAAUACUCAUGCCAACUGUUGGAAAGAAAAACGGCCCGAACCUAGUAGUAUGUCACCAGAUAUUUUAUACAAAAUGUCGAAAAAAAUAGCACAGCUAACAAAGGUUAUUUACACUUUGAAUACCCGGCUGGAUGACCAAGAUGUUUUGAUUCAGUCUCUUAAAGAAGCCCAUGAGGAACGAAUACAACAACUGAUGACAGAAACUCGAUACAGGAUCUCUUACUACAAAGCAAAGGCAAAUCAUGAAGGAGAACUUCGAGGUAAAGUUAAGGAGUUGGAAACUCUUCUAAAAGAAGAAAAGUGCAAGAAAGCUGAUGUAGAAGAACAACUCCACCUACUAGAGGAGAAACAAUUGGCAAGAGAACAAGAGGAGGGUGAAACUUCUCAGAAACUUGCUCGAUUAUCUCAGGAAUUUGAAGAUGCUAAAAACGAUCUGCAGGUUAAACUGAAAGAAUAUGAGAUUCUUCAUCAGGAACUCUUACGUGAAAAAGACUCUUCUCUUGGAAUGUUACAUAACCAGUAUGAAAAGGAUAUGCAGAACAUUGUCCAUGACCAAAAUAAACACUUUGAAUCGGUAAACAACAAUAUUGUAAGCGAAUUAGAUAAAGCCUACGAAAAUAUUAAAGACUUGAAAGAUCAGUGUGAACAACUGAAAUUUGAAAAUGUUCAAAUAAAACAAGAUUUUGAGCUAGAACUUACAAAACAGCUCGAUGAUUUACAGUCUGAAAAGGAAGAACUUAAAUGUUAUUUUGAAUCAAAUAUAAAAAAAUUAAAAUCAUACUAUCAAGAGGAAUUAGGAAAAUUAAGCAAGGAAGAAAAUCUAAUUAAAACUCAGUCUUUUGUUAAGUGGGAGCAGGAAACCUUGGACAAACAAAAACAACUUGAAUCAGGAAUUGAUGAAUUGCUACAUAAGCUAGAAGAAAAUGAAAAACAAACAGAAAAUUAUAUUGCUGAAAACAAUCAAUUGAAAGAAAAAAUUGAAAGCAAAGUAAAACACAUUAAACUUCUGGAGGAUCAGAUGACAAAAAGCAAAGAGGAGCUACUGAAACUUACACCUCGACUAAAACACUCAGAAGCAGCAUUAAAUCAACUGAAAAAUUCCUGCACAACACACACACAGGACUUGUUGGCCAAAACACAUCACAUCUCUUUGCUGGAAGCAACUAAACUGGAACAUGAGACUACCAUUCUCAAUCUUAAAGAGGAUAUUGCAUUGCUAAAAGAAAAGUUUCAGAAACUGGAAAAAUUAAAGUCAGAGUGUGAAACAUCUGCCAAACAGAAAGAAGCAGAAUUACUUAGAAAUAUGUCAAACUUGAAAAAGGAUCUGGGAGAGUUACAAGAGUCUAAGAGCAGGCUUCAAGAACAGUUUGAACAACAAAGCAUUGCUCUUAAAUGCCAAAAUUCAGAAAGGGACGAAGCAGUACAAGAUACCUAUGAAAAACAACUCCAAGAACUGAGAGAACAGCACAGGAGUCAGAUUGUGACCGUAAAUGAUCAAUGGGAACACAAAAUGAAGAACAAAACAGAAGAAUUUGAUAAUCAACUUGAAGACAAAAGACAAAAACUAGAAUCACAGCAGCAGGAAUAUGAAACCAGUAUUGCUAGUCUGGAAAAACAGUUAAAGGAUAAGUCUCAACAAGAGAGUGAAAAGAUCACCAGUUUACAUAUGGCUUUAGAUGAGAAAAAUAAGAAUUUGAAUAGUGCUCAAAAACUGGUCACAUCAUUGUCUCUACAGGUGACCCAGUUGGAGGAAGACCUUGCAACAACCAAAAGUGAGCUAAAAGAAAUGAAAGAGAACCUUCAUAAGACUCAGGAAGAGCUUAUUUGUAAACAGAAGCUUUGGGAUGAAGAGAAGGACACAAUUCAAGAAGAAUAUAUCCAACAACAGAAACAGCUGACCAGUUCACUGAAUACAAGCUGGCAGGAAAAAAUGAGAAAAGAAUUAGAUCAAAUGAAAGAAGAAAUUACAUCUCAAGGGACAGCAGCUCUCGAAGAAGCCAAUACCAGAAAAACAAUGGAAUUUGAAGCAUCCAAGAGAGGAUGGCAGAGCAAGAUUACUGAGUUGAUGGAACAGAUGACUCGGCUACGAAAGAUGUCUGAAGAAACUGAAGAAAAACACUUGAAAGAAGUAUACGAGAUCAAAACUGAAGCUCAAAGUGAAUGCUCUAAGCUACAGAAGGCACUUAAGGAGUUAGAAGAAGACUAUAAGGAACGUAUAAUCACUCUAGAGUGUUCAUACUCUGAUAGAUUACAAACUAAGCUUCAGGAAAAGGAAUCAUUUGAUAGGGAAGAAAAGAAACAGCUAGAGACACGCCAUCAAAAAGAACUAGAAGCCCAAGGAGAAGCUCAUAGGAUUGAGAUAGAACAAGUGAAAUUAGAAUCAGAACACUUUUGGAAUGAAGAGAGAGAAAGACUCCAGAAGAAACAUGCUAUUCAUAUUGGUUUGAUACGUGAAGAACUACAAGUUGAAAAGAAACAAGCACUUGAUAAACAGGCCCAAACUCACAGAGCUGAAGUCAGGAGAGCAAGAAUGGAGUUAGAUGCAUGUUUAAGAGAAGUUCACCAGAAAGAAGAAACUUCUGCUCUGAAAGAAAGACACUUGAAUAGAGAACAAGAGGAACAAAGGAGUCAAAUCAGCCAGCUGAAGACAGAAAUCAAUUCCCUGCAAGAUAGAUUAGAACUUAAGAAUAGAGAGCUGGAACAGAAACAGGAAGAAAUUACCAGAGUUCGGAAUGAAACUGGUCAUCAGCUGAGAAAUGUUGAAAACUACUGGCAGGAAAGAUUUGUACAAGAACUCGGGAAGACAGCUAUGGAGUAUGAGCAGCAUCAAAAAACUAUGUUAACAGACUUUAACAAGGCUCAGAGACUUUUGAAGGAUAAGAUUCGUCUCCUACAGAAAAUGCUGCAGGAAGCAGAACAAAGAUAUGCUGCUCGUAAUUCUCGGCCUGAAGAUUUAGAAGUAAUUCGUCAAUUACAGAAGAGCCUUACAGACAAGGAGGCCUCAAUGUCCAAACUUCAGGAAGAAAAAAAGAAUCUUCGAUUAGAACUGCUUAAUAGAGAGACAAACUUCAAUCGUAUGUUUUCCAGUCAACCUGUUGUUGGAGUUCUUGAUCCUCUUGCCUCUCUCAAGAAGAGAAAACCUCCAAUUGACCAUGUUGUUGUGAAACAUGUUAGUUCACCUCUGUUAUCACGUAGAAUUUCAACAUCUUGCUCAUCAAAUGUUAAUGAAAACUGGAAUUCUAACAGUCAGAGCCCAAAUGGAGUGUCCGAAGGUUCACAGUACAGCUCAAACUGUCGAACCAAUCAGAGUCUACCAACAAGACCAAAAUUAAGAACUAUUGGCCAACGAGCUAGUUGGGCAGGAGAAAAUCUUCAUAAGUCUUAUGUUUGCAAUAGUUCUGAACCUUUGAACCUUAGUUAUGAUCCUGCUGAUUUAAAGACUACUAGCUGUAUCAAUUUAACCCAGGACAGUUAUUCCUGUGAUCAAGUGACUGUAGCUUUAAAUGACAGACCUGUGACUUCACUGAUGAACAGUCAAACUCUGCACAGAUCAUCGUCACCCUUAUUCUCCUCCUGUUCUCACUUGGUGUGUGGAACCAUUGAUGAAUGUGAUGAAGGAACUUCGCCAGUUGAAGUUAAAGGUGAAAGUCACAAUCUUCUGACACACCAUCAGCAAAAUAAAUGCUCAGUGACUUCCAGUAGUACAUUCAUGGACAAAGUAUCCCUCACGGAGAGUCAGUUAUGACAGGUAACACAUAAUUGAAGCCCAACAUAUACUAAAGUUAAAUAAAUGUCAAUACACUAUUAAUUUAAAAAAUAACAUAUGUGGAUGGAUCGAUAUAUAUAUAAAUUAAAGUAAGUUAGACAUAUUACAAAUGUUGGCUUUUGCAGUCACUGAAUUGUCAUUUACAAAGCAAAACAUCUGUACCAUAUUGUUGUCCAUGCAUAUAAUUUAAUUCUUUCAACAAUGUAUAAAAAGUGACUUUGACAUACUAUUUAUUAUCCAACAGUGACAGGAAAGGUAUUGAUUUUUGUAUUAUUCUGACACUCAAAUGUAAAUUUCAUUAUUAUUGUAUUGUUUUGGUUAAAAAAAAAGUGAGUAUAUUUAUAUCAUUGACUUUUUUAUUGUAAAAUAUAUCACUCAGCACCUUUAGGGUUGUUUUCAUUCUCAAGAUUUAAUAAUUUAUAUUAAAAGUUUUUCAUCAAUAUCUUCCAUGGUAUUUUGCACAGUUAUUAACAUGAAUCAGCAUUACAUUAUUUCAGUAACUGUUUACAGAAUUCACCUGACAACUACAGUAGACAUUUGCCUCAGUUUAUUACUGUGAGGUGAAUAAAGUGUAAUGUUCUUUGAAUUCCUUACUUAUGUUGAUAUAAAAUUCCAAACAAUGGAUGUCUUAAAAUACCAUUACUGACUACUUAGUCAUGCUCACACUAAUAUAUGUAAAAUAGUAUUGUCAUCUAACAAUGUUCACACCAGUAUUGUUAUAAUAUUGUUUGUAUAAUAACCUCACUAUCUUUCUAACAAUCCUUGUGUUAAAAUACCAUCACUGACUGCUUAGUCAUGCUCACACUAAUAUAUGUAAAAUAGUAUUGUCAUCUAACAAUGUUCACACCAGUAUUGUUAUAAUAGUGUUUGUAUAAUAACCUCACUAUCUUUCAACAGUCCUUGUGUUAAAAUACCAUCACUGACUACUUAGUCAUGCUCACACUAAUAUAUGUAAAAUAGUAUUGUCAUCUAACAAUGUUCACACCAGUAUUGUUAUAAUAGUGUUUAUAUAAUAACCUCACUAUAUCUCUAACAGUCCCUAUGUUAAUAUUGUCAUACUGAUACUUGUAAAAUAGUGUACUGUCUCUGUAACAAUGUUCACACCAGUAUUGUCCUAAUAGUGUUUAUAUUAUAAUCUCACUAUCUUUCUGACAGUCUUUAAGUUAAUAUUGUUACAUUGUAAAACAGAGUUAUUGUCUCUGUAACAAUGUUCACACCAAUAUUGUAGUAGUGUUAUCUUACAAAUAAACAUCAUGAUCACUGUAAAACUUCUUAUAAUAAUCUUUUGACAUUUGUAUUAGUAUUACAGUCUUAUAACAAUGUUCUAACACUGGUAUUUGUAUAAUAACAUCACUAUCUCUGUAGCAAUACCCACAUUAGUAUUGCUAAUAGUUGUGUUUACAGAAUAGCAUGAUUAAUUAUCGUAAGUAGGUAAUUAUAGUAUAUGUUUGUGUUUAGUAAAAUUAACACUUGUAGCAUGCAAAUGUUUCUGCAUAACACCUUUUCUCUGUAUGUAGAGGUACGAAUUGUGUAGCAAGUGUGGUAACUAAGUGCUAGUAACUGUUUUCUCUGAGAGUCACAGUGAUAAGUAAAGUGUACAAUACUUAUUGCUUCAGAACAUGUUAUGUAAAAAUUGUUAUUGUAUUUAAACCUUGUAAACACCUGGAGUUAUGUAGUUCAUGUAUUAACACCGUUUUUUUUUAAUAAUUUAUUUGAAAGAAGAACUUUAUUAUUCCAAACUUAAAUGUAAAUAUAUACAUCACCCAUCUUACAGUCUUAUCCAUCAUAAUAGUUUCAAACUGAUCGCUAAAGCAAGCAACAUUUUCGGUCAGGGAGAAUAAAAUCGAUAUGAUCAAAGUUAGAAAAUAUCUCCAAACAGAACGUCAUAACAUUUUAAAUCUAGGUUAUCUCAAUGGAACCCCUUAUUUGAUUGUAAGUCACUUUAUACAUUUUAUCCACAUCACAUAAUAUGUAAGUUGUAGAAAAACUGAAACACGGUAUAGAAACACACUCACCCUAUUGU